GAGAGAGUUCUUCCAUAUGCAGGUUCACUCCCCAAAUGGCCACAGCAGCCAGAGCUGAGCCAAUCUGAAGUCAGGAGCCAGGAGCUUCUUCUGUCUCUCAUGUGGGUGCAGGGGCCCAAGCACUUGGGCCAUCUCUGCUGCUUUCCAAGGCACCUUAGUAGGGAGUUGGAUCAGAAGUGGAGCAGCCAGGACUCAAACCAGCACCUAUGUAGGAUGCUGGUACUGCAGGCCAGGACUUUAACCUGCUGCACCACAACACCGGUCCCAAAGACAUAUACUUCUUAUUUUCAGUGUUUUUUUUUUUUUUUCUUUUCAAGAGCAAAGCCAUUGUCUCCUCAAACACUGUAUCUUCAUAAGUACAGCAGGACACCUGGUUCUCAGUAGGUGCUAUGUGACUCUUUGGUGAGCGAACAUGCACCAAUGCACAUCAAACAGAAGACGUUUUUCUUUACAUGUUCUUGUGGUUUCUGUGAUCGCUACUGGCUCUUCUCUAAGAAUAGUGGAGACUUAGUUUAUAUUGUAGCCUAGGCAAUCACGGGGAAUUUUGAGAAAAAAACAAAAAACAAAAAGGGAACUUGGGAUAGGUCAGAGAUAGGGAUGGGAUGCCAUGGGGGAUGAAAUGGCACAAGAGAAAACCCGAUGGGAUAAUUGAAAAGGUCAAGAGAAGGAAGACAGAAAGGAGCAAGGCCACGAGAAUGUUAGGCAGUCUACUGAGAAGCCUUUUAGUUCUGUACUUUAUGAGUGAGAGAGUCUAUGUCCCUAGUGGUACCGUGAUGUUUCAAUGCCACAUGAGACUUGAUCCACGGCAGAUGAAAUAAGGGGUGAACAGUGGAAUGGAAGCUGAUGGCCACCAGAGACGCUGGGAGCCGGAGAGCAGUCAGAACCAGAAGGAAAAUGAGAGACUGAGUAGGAAGCUGAGGGUUUGGGGAAGGAGAUUUCCCUGUUGCAGACAGAAUUUCACCUGUAGUUUGAAGAAGGAAGUCAGAGUAGAGAUAUUGUGGAUGGUUUGUUCAGAGCAGGUAUCAAGGAAGAGCUUCUUUCUGAGAGAAACAACACUUGCGAACAAAAUGCUGUUUCUGUUACUUCCAUUGCUAGCAGCCCUACUACCCAGUGGUGACAGCAAAGCUGGGUUUGAAGACCCCAUCUCCUUCUAUGUCCUGCAGACCUUGUCUUUUUACAACCGUUCCUGGGUACAGAAUCUGGGAUCAGGUUGGCUGAGCGACUUGGAGACUCAUCGCUGGCAGAACGACUCUGAUGUCAUCGCUUUGCUGAGGCCUUGGUCCAGAGGCAACUUCAGCAACAAGGAACUGUUGGAAAUUGAAACGAUUUUCCAUAUGCACUACAUCAGAGUCAUUAGGGAAAUUCACAGCGUUGCCCGCAAUUUGCAGUUGGAAUGUAGGUUCAGCUCCCUCCCCGGGGCAUGGGGAAAUGAGUGGCUGGAUGUGUCUAAAUGAUUAUCUGAUUUUUCUAGGAAAUCGACUUCACUCUCUUCCAAUUCUUACCCCACUCUCCACCGUGUAAAAUAGCAGUCACACAUUGUUGAGCAAGGGCUGUUAAGUCACACCCUGAUUCUUAGAGUUCAAGUCUUCUGCUACCUAUGGACUGCUCUCUCGUUACAGGAUUCUGCUUUAUUACCUUCCCUUACAGGCAUCUGUGUCUGUCCAGGCACUGACGUCUAACCAGAUUCUUUGACUCGUUAAGUGUGGUUUCUCUUCAGUACCCAUUCUAUUCAUCCUUCUUUGCCUAUACAUAGAUUUUUCACCCACUGCAUUCCAUUCACUGUUGAUUAUUUUAUUCUCAAAUCUCACACUUAGCUUUUAUUGUCCACACCAUUCAUAGCACUUUCUUUGAAUAGUUUCUGUCCCUCAUCAAGCGAUUCAUGUCUUCUUCACCCGCCAGUUCCCAACAGUUGCCCUUUCUCCACACCUCUGAUGAAAGCAUACUGUGUUUCAUUCCCUCACACCGCUCAAAAUUCUCUCUUCUGCCACCAGUGUGUUUUGCUGCUACUCAUUCCAUCUCAUUGUUUUCCUUCUGACUUUUCUCUAACUCCUAACUCCUCUGCCCCAGAUCCCUUUGUUUUGCAGUUGGCCGUGGGCUGUGCCCUGCACUCUGGGGAGGUCACAGAAGGCUUCCUGAGGAAAGCCUAUCAAGGGUCAGCUCUCCUGAGCCUCCAGAGCAGUUCAUGGGUGCCCUCUCCUCAGGGUGGAAGCAGGGCCCAGCACGUCUGCAGACUGCUCAAUCUAUUCAGAGGCCUCAAGGAAACAGUGCACAGGCUCCUCACCGUCACCUGCCCACGCUUCCUCUUCAGCUUACUUGACACAGGGAAAGCAGACAUCCAGUGCCAAGGUCAGUCCUCCACCCUCUCUCCAAGUAUUAAUUACUUCCUGUUAUAAUCACACUUUCCAGACAGCCCUUGCCAAUUUAGGGUAAGAAGCAACUCAGAAAGGGGAGGGAUGUGUCUUUCUAAAGUCAGUGGAAAUAUGAAGCCAUUCAUGUGUUAGCUUUCUUUUCUGAACCUUUUUUCCUUCUUCUACAGUAAGACCCACGGCCUGGCUGUCCAGUGGCCCCAGCCCUGGGCCUGGCCGUCUGCAGCUGGUGUGUCAUGUCUCUGGCUUCUACCCAAAGCCCAUACGGGUGAUGUGGAUGCAUGGGGACAAG